UCUGUGAUGUCAUCGCACUGUAACGCGCAUCACUGCGCAGAGUGCGCGCGCCAGUGUUGAGUCUCCGGAUGAAGAAUAACGGGACAAUAUAAAGACAUACUCAAGUUUUGACGUCGUUAUUGAACUUAUUUCUUAGCGGCUGGGAUCAAUCUGUCUUCAUGGAGGUGAAAACUAUCUUACUUCUGACUUUAGCUGCUCAUACAUGCGUUGCAGCCAUCGUUAACGAUAGCUCAGAAGACAGUCUAACUAAUAAAACAGCUAAUAAUGGGUCAUCUCCCUCUGAACCUCUACCAGGGCCCAAUGGACGCGGCUUCUCUGUUAACAUUGUCUAUGGUACCCAGACUGAUGAGCCAAUAGACUACAAUGAUUCUUUAGAACUUCCUAUAAACACCAGACAAGGAAGACGCCAUUCAGUCAUGGGUGUUACAGAAGUGCCUAAUGAGAAUUAUGGUAGACGUUUGUGCAACAGCACUGAUCCAGGUGGAGUGAAAUGUAACCGGACUAAACCACUCGUAAAGAAGUAUAUUAUCUCAAAGAAAGCUGUGCUCUUCCUCAAAAGCCUGCUGGUCACACGUGUCAUGCCCUCUUUCUACAUCCUCCUCUUCAUCAUUAGUUUGCCUCUAAAUGCAUUGGCCCUGGUGACGUUCACCUGUAAGAUUAAAGAAAAGAAACCGGCUGUGAUCUACAUGUCAAACCUGGCGUGUGUGGAUCUGCUCUUCACCCUGCUGCUUCCUCUGAAGAUCCACUAUCAUCUGAACGGAUCUGAUUGGGUGUUUGGUGAGGUGGCGUGUCGCGGGCUAAGCGCUGCUUUCUACUGCUACAUGUACUGCUCCAUACUGCUGAUGAUGUGCAUGAGUGUGGACAGACUGCUGGCUGUGGUUUUCCCCAUCGCCUCUCUGACCUGGAGAAACUCGAGGAAUUCUGCUUACAUUUGUGCGCUGGUCUGGUUGAUGGCAAUCGCUGGCACAGUGCCCAUUCUCUCUAUAACGCAAACAUUCAAGAUCGAAAAUUUGGGCAUCACCUGUCAUGAAGCAUUGCUCCAUGAAGACCACACAGAGCAGACGUACAUGUACCUGUUCUCCAUACUGUCCUGCGUGUACUUCUUUCUGCCGCUGGUCAUCACUUUGGCGUGUUAUUCUAGAAUUAUAUAUGUGCUUAGAGUCAAAUGUGGUCAAUUAGCAUCAUCAUCAUCCUCAGAUAAACUAAGGAGAGCUGUGAUUAUGACUAUUGCCACAAUGAUAGAGUUUGUGGUUUGCUUUGCACCAGCCAAUGCUAUCUUGUUGUAUCACUGUGUUGUUUUGGUCACAGGAGGCAUCAGCGGGGAGGGAAAUGCAUCAUAUAUGGCUUACAUGUUAGCUGUGUGUGCAGGGAGCUCAAGUGUUUUUCUGGAUCCUCUGCUGUAUUAUUAUGGGUCGUCUCAGUGCAGACAGAAAAUCAGCUCUGUGUUUUGGUGGAAGAAGGCAAAAGCCACAUUAUCAAACUCAGACAGUCUGACAAAAUGCUCUCACAUGAGCUGCGAGUACAGUCAAGCUCGCAUUACGGUGUUUGGAAAUAAAGCUAAUGACAUGCUGGGAAAAUAAUUUACUUAAACUUAAAAAAAACUAAAAACUUUGUACUGGCAUACAUUGUGCAAUGAGAGAAAACUACUGUAGAUGAAUGGGUUUAAUUUCCAAAUUUGAACUUAAUUUGAAUUGAUCCAAUAGGAUGCAAUGUAGAAUUAAUGUCAACUCACGCAUUAGAUUAUUUUUGUAUUUUUGUAUUUUAUAUUUUAUUUAUUAUUUUUCAUUAACCUUCCCAGAUUCUAC